UCUUGGAAUUACCAGUCACCAGCCAUGGCAACCGGUAUGUGUUGGUAGUUCAAGAUUAUUUUUCUAAAUAUGUCAACCUCUACGCCAUUCCAGAUCAAAGGUCAACAACUGUGGCCAGAUGCAUUUUUGAGAACUUCAUCAGAGAGCAUGGAAUCCCGGAGAGUCUUCACACGGACCAAGGACGGCAGUUCGAGUCGGACCUAGUCAAACAUCUUUGUUGUCUACUCGGAGUGAAGAAGACAAGGACCAGCCCAUAUCAUCCACAAUGUGACGGUAUGGUGGAACGAUUUAACCGGACACUCAUCGACCAAUUAGCUAAGACUCUUCUCCAGCAGUCUGGAGAGUGGGACGACUGCCUCAAUCAGGUGGCCUUGGCCUAUAACACCAGCCCUCACUCCUCUACGGGAUACACCCCCUUUUUCCUGACCCAUGGUCGAGAGGCACGGAUGCCUGUUAAUGCCCUGUUCCCUCCUGAUGUGCCCUUUCCAAACUCCACGCCUGGCACUUCAGCUGACUAUGCAGUACAACUGACCCGAAAGCUACAAUCUGCCUUCAGGUCUGCUACUGUGAACAGCGAUCAAGCUCACGUGCGACAGAAACAUCACUAUGACCGACUUGUCCAUCACACUCCUUACACCCGAGGGGAUUAUGUGUGGUUGAGUGACCCUACAACUUCACAUCAAAAGCUGUCUCCACACUGGAGGGGACCUUUUGUGGUUCUGGAGUGUCUUGGAUCGACGGAAGAGGAAUCUGGCGUGACGUACAAGAUCAAGUAUCUUUUGGAUCCACCUGAUAAAGUCCAAACAGUCCACUACAACCGAUUGCGUCCUUAUUACCCUGAUGUAAAGACCGUACCUUUGGGUACUUCAUCAGCACCUGUGGGUCACACACCUCAUCCACCCCUGGCCCUAUCAGCGUUAUCAGGUGCUCUACCUUUCCAGCCCUCCAGGUCUUCAGUGACCCGGAAGAGAUGCCUGCCUGGCCCUUUAUCACCUUGUCUGGCCCCAUUGGAAAGGCCUCGGCCGACUGAUACAGACUUACCUGUUCCCUCAUCUGUGGACCAGAGGCCUACCGUUCUGCCUGCAGCACUGGGUUCAAACACCGGUUCCUCUUCACGCCCAGGCCACCGCCAAGUUAAACUUCCUUCGCGUUUCAAAGACUUUGUUCUGAUGUGAUUGUAUGUUUCUGAUGGGUUUUUGUUUUACACAUCCCCCCCCCCCCCCUCCUUGUGCAAUGUUAGUUUGUUGUAACCUGGCUUCUAUGUUACGUGUUCAAAGUAGAAAUGAGGACAUUUCUCUGGUGGGAGAGGGAAGAAUGUAAGCUUUUGUUAAAUUGUUAAUUAUUAUCAUUUUAUAUUCAUGCAUUAUAUUCUUUUAUGUUAGUUACCUUAAUUAUACUCUGUUUAAUACGUCCUGAAAUAUUCUUAGGUUGCUUACAUGUGAUUGGAGAAGAAAAACAGGAAGGCGGGUCGUUACUGGAAGGGGGAGUGUUGGUUAGAGCGUUAGCGGGGAGCGGUUGAGCAGAGAAAAAAAUAAAGAGAAAAAGAGCUGUGUUCAAACAAAGUCGUCCUCUCCUUUUGCCCAUUCCAAACGUAGAGCAAUCCAUUCAAAACCUGCGAACCCCUCAACUUACAUCGGUAAUAAAGGCGGUAGAAAGCACCAAGCAGUAAAAUCAAGAACAAAUCUAAGUCAUGCUGAGUCGAACGCCAAAGAAUACAAGUGAGUUUUGAGGAGGGCUUUAAAGAUGGGCAGCGAGGAGGCUUGCCGAAUGUUCAGUGGGAGGUCAUUCCAGAGAGAGGGACCAGCAACAGAAAAGGCUCGAUCCCCUCUGAGCCUCAGUUUAGUUCUUGGUACUUCUAACAAAGACUGGUCCACAGACCUGAGGCGCCGGGCAGGUGUGUAGGGGCGGAUGAGCUCAGAGAGGUACGGUGGGGCGAGAUUAUUCAGAGAUUUGAAAACAAAGAGGAGGAUCUUGAAAUGAAUGGAUCUUACAAUUGUAGCGUACACAGACCACUCUCACUGAGUGUCAAAAUGAAAUGUCCAAAAGAGUCAUCCAUAUAUAGUUUUUCCUUGCGCGGUCACAGUGAGCUGCAAGGGGACCCACAAAAUAAGAGGCGAUUUUUUCUGAUCCUGACCUGGUUUGCCAAGAGUUUCUCCGGUGUCGAAUGAGGAACUGGACGGGGAGGCGGGGGGAAACUUGUCGGUGAUGUGGUGCCAUCGUUUUAAGUGGUCUGCAUAUUUGUGGUGCUGCCAUUGUAUCGCUUCGUAGUGCGACAUUCUUUGCAAAUUACGGAGCUUUUAUCAAUCUUUCCGUCUUUCUUUUCGAAGCCGUAGUAUUUCCAAACAUAAGAUCUGAAUGUUGCGGAAGCAUUAAAUAUAGUAGUUUCCUCGCUGCUGCUUGCGCGAACUUACAUAGUGUUUCGCUAGUUGUGUACUGGACUGUAUGUGACUCGCGGCUUCCGUCCGUAUUCAACACAAAAUAAUGAUGGUGCAUUCAAUGCGCCUAGGAAAGGACAGAUAGGUGACGUUUAACAUGAAUAAAACGGCGCUUGAGUCGGAUUUUACUGAUACCCACCAAUGCAUCGUGAUGAAUCUCGAUUUCACCCGUCAAUAGCGUCGUACCCAGUGAAUGAGCCGAUGCACUCGCAUCGCGCACGUGAGAGAUCGGA